GACGAGGGCGGCGCUCCGGCUGCCACGUUGAAGCGGGAUGCGGAGAAGCCUCGGGGCGGAGGCAGGCAGCUGAGCCGGCGCAGCGGAGAGCUCGGCCCCGCCAGCAGGAUGAAGUUAAAGGAGAUUGAUCGUACUGCUAUGCAGGCAUGGAGCCCUGCCCAACAACAUCCCAUUUACCUGGCUACAGGUACAUCUGCUCAACAGUUGGAUGCAACUUUCAGUACCAAUGCUUCUCUGGAAAUAUUUGAACUGGACUUGUCUGAUCCUUCGUUGGAUAUGAAAUCCUGUGCAACUUUCUCCUCCUCGCACAGGUACCAUAAAUUGAUAUGGGGACCUCAUACAAUGGCUUCAGAUGGUAGUCUUUCUGGAGUUCUAAUUGCAGGUGGUGAAAAUGGAAAUAUUAUUCUGUAUGAUCCAUCUAAAAUUAUAGCUGGAGAGAGUGAAGUUAUAAUUGCACAGAAAGGCAAGCACACUGGUCCAGUAAGAGCUUUGGACGUGAAUAUUUUCCAGACAAACCUUGUAGCAUCAGGUGCUAAUGAGUCUGAAAUCUAUAUCUGGGACUUGAACAACUUUGCCACACCAAUGACACCAGGAGCUAAGACCCAGCCUCCAGAAGACAUCAGCUGCAUUGCAUGGAACAGGCAAGUCCAGCACAUCUUGGCGUCUGCCAGUCCUAGUGGUCGUGCUACCGUGUGGGAUCUGAGGAAGAAUGAGCCUAUCAUCAAAGUCAGCGACCACAGCAACCGGAUGCACUGUUCAGACUUGGCUUGGCACCCUGAUGUGGCUACACAGAUGGUCCUGGCUUCUGAAGAUGACAGGUUGCCUGUAAUUCAGAUGUGGGAUCUUAGGUUUGCUUCUUCUCCUCUUCGUGUUUUGGAAAACCAUACAAGGGGUAUUUUGACCAUUGCUUGGAGUAUGGCAGAUUCUGAGCUGUUACUCAGCUGUGGAAAGGAUGCUAAGAUUCUCUGCUCUAACCCUAAUGCAGGGGAGGUGUUGUAUGAACUUCCCACAAAUACCCAAUGGUGCUUUGACGUUCAGUGGUGUCCCAGAAACCCCGCUAUCCUUUCAGCUGCUUCUUUUGAUGGACGGAUCAGCAUUUACUCCAUCAUGGGAGGGAGCACAGAUGGUUUGAGGCAGAAACAGGUAGACAAGCUUUCAUCCUCCUUUGGAAAUCUUGAUCCAUUUGGCACUGGGCAGCCACUCCCUCCGUUGCAGCUUCCACAGCAGACAACUCCUCAGAGCACUGUUCUACCGUUAAAGAAGCCCCCCAAAUGGGUCCGACGGCCUGUGGGUGCAUCGUUUUCAUUUGGAGGGAAGCUAGUUACAUUUGAGAAUAUAAAGUCUCAUCAACAAGGACCUGAGCAGCAGCAGCUGCAGCACCACGUGUAUGUGAGUCAAGUUGUCACAGAGAGAGAGUUUCUGAACCGCUCAGAUCAGCUGCAAGAAGCUGUGCAGUCUGAAGGCUUCAUCAACUACUGUAAGAAAAAAAUAGAAGCUGCCCAGACUGAUUUUGAGAAAAAUGUGUGGUCUUUCUUAAAGGUGAAUUUUGAAGAAGAUUCUCGUGGCAAAUACCUUGAACUUUUGGGGUACAGGAAAGAUGACUUAGGGCAAAAGAUUACUUCAGCUCUGACUAAAGAGAAUCUUGUAGAUGGCAAACUAGAGGAGGCUCUUAAAGAAUCUGACCAAUCAGUACAAAGUGAUGGUGAAGAUAGCCAAUCUGCUGAAGAACCAUUCUUGGGAGAGAGAACAAAAGAGGAGACUGAAGAUCUGACAUCUGGAAAAGAAACAUUUAACAUCUCUGUCAGUGGAGAUGUUGAUGGUUUGAUUACCCAGGCUUUGCUGACUGGUAGCUUCGAAAGUGCGGUUGAUCUCUGCUUACAUGAUAAUCGCAUGGCUGAUGCCAUCAUAUUGGCCAUAGCAGGUGGACAAGAGCUGCUGUCGAGGACGCAGAAAAAGUACUUUGCUAAGAUGCAAAGCAAAAUUACCAGGCUCAUCACUGCCGUUGUGACAAAGAACUGGAAGGAGAUAGUUCAGUCAUGUGAUUUGCAGAACUGGAGAGAGGCGCUGGCUGCUGUGUUGACUUAUGCUAGGCCAGAUGAAUUUGCAGCUCUCUGUG